AUGAUCAAUACACAAGGUCAAAAUGAUUUAUCCAACGGUGGUGGUGGUGGUAUGCUGAAGAAGAAUUCCUCGUUCAGUUAUCUUGGCAGUGCUGAACAAAGUCAUACACAUCCACAUCGAGAUAAACCUCAUGGACAUCAUCAUGGGCAUAGUCAUGAUUUAAGCUCUGUACGUGCUAUUGCUUAUACUAUAAUUGCUGGCGAUGGAUUACACAAUUUCUGUGAUGGUAUAGCUAUUGGUGCAGCGUUCGCAAAUGAUAUUCGUGGGGGGCUGUCAACAUCGAUAGCGGUAUUGUGUCAUGAGUUACCGCAUGAAUUAGGCGAUUUCGCUGUUCUGUUACACGCUGGAAUGUCUGUAAAAUCUGCCCUUUUCUACAAUCUGUUAUCAAGUGUAUUAUGCGCUGGUGGAAUGAUUCUGGGCUUUCUACUCGGUGGAUUACAUUCACUCGACACAUGGAUAUUUAUGUUAGCUGCAGGAAUGUUUGUUUAUAUUGCACUAGUUGAUAUGAUGCCUGAACUAUCAGCUAAUCAAUUGAAAGGUGAUCGACGAUGUCAUCAACCGAGUGUUUUAUUCUUAUGGCAAAAUCUUGGCAUCCUAUUAGGCUUUUGUAUUAUGCUAUUAAUAGCAUUUUAUGAAGAUAAAUUGGUAUCGCAUUAAAGCUAAUACAUAUAUACAACAUACACAAUAUAUACAUAUAU